AUGCCAACAGAACAAGAGGUGAAGAAUGUGAUUUUUACUUUAAAUGGGAAGAGUGCUGGUGGACCUGAUGGGUUCACAAGAAUUUUUUAUCAGAAAUGCAGGAAUAUCACAGGAAAGGAUAUUAUUGAUAUGAUCCAGAUGCUUCAUAUUGCUGUUCCCAUUAUAUUAUUACUAUUGAUUCAUGAAAGAUUGGCUGAGGGGUUGCCUGAUAUUAUCUCCCUAAAUCAAGCUGGAUUUGUGAAAGGUAGGAGUAUAGUGGAAAAUGUGCUACUUACUCAAGAAAUCAUUGCUGACAUAAGAUUGAGUACUAGAAUAGCCAAUGUGGUAAUGAAAUUGGAUAUGACUAAGGCUUAUGAUAGGGUUUCAUGGAUAAUUAGUAAUAACUGGUACUCAGUGCUCAUUAAUGGUCAACAACAAGGUUUUUUCCAGUCUUCAAGAGCGGUCAAGCAAGGGGAUCCUUUAUCCCCUACUUUGUUUAUUUUGGCUGCAGAGGUGUUGACAAGAAAUUUGAAUAGAUUACAUCAAAUUCCUCAAUUUAGAGGUUUUGGAAUGCUAAGAAGGAGUCCCAAAAUCAAUCAUUUGGCAUAUGCAGAUGAUAUGAUUAUAUUCACUUCAGCUGAUGUAAUGUCAUUGCAAUUAAUCAUGGAAAAGGGGGAGAUGUUAUCUUUUGAAGGAAGAGCUGGUCUAAUCAAACAUGUUUUGCAAGGAAUGCGUAUUCAUCUAUUAUCUGCAAUGAAUCCCCCAGAUAGUGUGAUUAAGAAAAUGCAUAAAAUGUUUGCUCAAUUCUUUAGGAGUAACACUAUUGGGGGAAAGAGCAGGCAUUGGAUUUCUUGGAUCAAGAUGUGCAUACCAGAAAAGGAAAGGGGAAUUGGAUUUAGAUCUAUGCAUGAUGUAUAUAUGGCCCUAUAUUGUAAGAUCUGGUGGAAUUUUAGGACUCUACCUUAUUUAUGGAGUUCUUACAUGAGUAACAAAUAUAGCAAAAAGAUACAUCCUGUGAUAGUGCAGUGGAAGUAUGGAACACAAACUUGGAAGAAAAUGUUGCAAGCAAGGGACCUCAUAGAGCGACAUAUUUGGUGGCAAGUGAAGAUGGGAGAUGCUCAGUUUUGGUAUGACAAUUGGACAGGGUUGGGAGCUCUUUACUAUGUUAUUGGCAAUGAUUUUUAUGAUGAAAGGUUUGAAAAUGUGAAAGAUAUGGUGACUGAUGGAAGAUGGGAUGUUGACAAGCUUAGAGAAGUGUUAUCUGAAGAGAUUGUACAACAUGACACAAGCACUAUAAUCUCUCCUCAUGCAGAAAAAAGAUGGACAACCCUUGGUGCUUACUUGAUACAAGAGGAGAGUUCUCUGUGA